UACCGCAAGCGGAAAGCGACUUUUUAUGAUUACGGCGGAAUUUCUGUGCUCCCUAAACACUUUCAUGUGCCAAUACUACUCUCAGGUCACCAAAUCCGUCGAUCAUGAUGUCCACUACAGAAGGAGAAUUGGAUGUAGAGGUGUCCCAUGAGCGGGAGGAGGGAGAGCUAGAGGAUUCAGAUGUGGAGGAGGGAACUUAUAAUCCUCUGCCUCGGCCGGACACCUUCAACCCGCCUUCGCUGGUGAACAUGCAGAUUCAGGAUGAGCAAAGUGACGAGGCAUCGCCACAGGAGUCCUCCGGCUCGGAGUCUGAUGACGAGCCUCAUCGUCGCGCCAAGCGCAGCAAGAUGAGGCCUCGCCGACCACAGCCGCAGGGCAAUGCCAAGAAAGAUAAAUACAAUGUGUGGUGUAAAGCUCUGCAGGAAGAUUUGUUGACUGAAGAUAUGAUAAGUUGUGAUGUGUCAAAAAAGUCUAGGUAUGGCGUUGAAUCUUAUGACUACACAAUAAAAUAUAGACUAGAUGAUGAUUAUAUAUCUAAGAAGGUAUUCACAAAUUCAAAGGAUAGGAAAAAUAGAGAUAAUUUUUCAAACAAAAGAACACACACAGAUAGGUCUAAUGUUAAGUUAAGGCUCGGAAAGCGUGUGAACACAGAUCAACCACAGGAGGAAAAACAGAAUCCGAGGUUUAUACCAGAGCUUGUUACUACUGCUGAUGAUCCAAUAGAGAACAUAGGAUUGGAUAUAGCAGAAAAAUUGGCAGAAGAAAAGAAAGAAUUAGUUUGUAGAAUUGUGCAAGUGUUAGGAGCUAGUAAGGCCAUAGAAAUAUACAAAGAAACACAACGAGUUGAGGCAGAUGGUGGCAUGCUUGUAAUGAACGGUACGCGGAGGAGAACCCCAGGGGGGAUAUUUUUCUUUCUUUUAAAGAGAGAUGACGAGGUAUCAUUAGACAUGAUAAAUCAAAUAUUCAAUGAGGAUCGCAAGGAAUCAGCGAGGAAGAUCAAAAGAGCGCGCGUCAAAAGCCGACAGAAGGUGGUAGAGCAGCUAAAACAAAGCCUCACAGAUGCAGAACUACCCUCACUAUUAUCACGUGGUGAAGCAACAGCACAGUCGGAGCACGGUUCCAACCCACCACCCUCGCCUGCCACCGACGCUCGAGAGUGCUCCAGCGACACAGAUGGUCAUUCCCACUGCGGGCAACCAUUGUCACCAACAGCCAGAUCUCCCCAACCAGACCGAACGGACAGGCAGCCGUUAGAUUACGAAGAUGAAGACUUUCUCGAGGUUAUGUGUAACGAUCAAAUGGACUUGUUCUAAUUAUAGUUCCUACGGUGCUGUGCCCUGCCUCGUUUUUGAAUAAACAAUUAUUUAGUUACCCCGAGUGCACGAUUUUUAGAUCAUUGUGAAUCUUGAAUUACACAGUCAAUUGACUGAUUGGUUAAGAUAAGUUCAUACCAAAUUGGCACGCGACCUUGAAUGUCCUUGAAGAUACGGUGCAAGAAUGAAUCAU